CAUCCACGAGUCAGAAGCCAGCAUCUGAGACCAGCUGUCUGGAUGGCUUCUCCUGAAGAAAGCCCAUCGAGGAUCUACUGCAGCUGAGUGCUGUUCCUCUGCUACCUGUCCACCAUGGGGAAGACAUCGCUGCUUAAAAAAGACAACAGUGAGCAGAAUUUGCUUGGUGGGUCUAAAGCCUCCUCAAAUGGCAGUGGCGGUGGCGGAGGCAGUGGUGGUGGCGACGGCGGAGGCGACGGUGGCGGCGACGGUGGCAGCAGCAAGGGCGGCGGCAGCGUCUCCCGGCAGAAAGACCCUCACGGGGAAGCCAAUGCACUAUUGUUUAUGCAAAUCUUUAUCCACCUGUUGAAAAGCAACAUUGGCACAGGGUUCCUGGGACUUCCCCUGGCUGUGAAAAACGCUGGAUUGUUGGUGGGGCCUGUCAGCCUCCUGGCCAUCGGGGUCCUCACGGUGCACUGUAUGGAUAUCCUGCUGAACUGUGCCAGCCACCUCACCCAGAGACUGCAGAGGAGUCUUGUGAACUAUGAAGAGACUACAAUGUACAGCCUGGAAACAUGCCCGAAUCCUUGGUUGAGAACGCACUCAGUGUGGGGCAGGUACGUGGUGAGCUUCCUGCUGAUCGUCACCCAGCUGGGCUUCUGCAUUGUGUAUUUCAUGUUUAUGGCAGACAAUUUACAGCAGAUCAUGGAAGAAGCUCAUUUCACCUCCGACGUCUGCGAGCCCAGGCAGAACCUGGUGAUGACCCCUGUCCUGGACACUCGCUUCUACAUGGUCACCAUCCUGCCCUUCCUCAUCCUGCUGGUACUCAUCCAGAACCCGCAGGUGCUGUCCAUCUUCUCCACCUUGGCCACCAUCACCACCCUGGGUAGCCUGUCUCUGAUCUUCAUGUAUCUCAUCCAGCUCCCACGGCACAGCAACCUGCCCCUGGUUGCACACUGGAAGACUUUCUUGUUGUUCUUCGGCACGGCCAUCUUCACCUUUGAAGGCGUGGGGAUGGUUCUGCCCCUCAAAAGCCAGAUGAAGAGUCCACAACAGUUUCCUGCCGUGUUGUACGUAGGGAUGUCCUGUGUCAUCUUCCUCUACGUCUGCCUGGGGACCCUGGGCUACAUGAAGUUUGGCUCAAACACUCAGGCCAGCAUCACUCUCAACUUGCCCAAUUGCUGGUUGUACCAGUCCGUUAAGCUGAUGUACUCUGUUGGCAUCUUCUUCACCUAUGCCCUCCAGUUCCACAUCCCAGCUGAGAUCAUCGUCCCCUUCGUGGUCUCAAGAGUGUCUGAGAACUGGGCUCUGUUCGUAGACCUGACUGUCCGCACAGCCUUGGUCUGCCUGACCUGUUUCUCAGCCGUCCUCAUCCCUCGCCUGGACCUGGUCAUCUCCCUGGUGGGCUCCGUGAGCAGCAGCGCCCUGGCCCUCAUCAUCCCGCCCCUGCUGGAGAUUGCCACGUUUUACUCUGAGAACAUGAGCUGUGUGACCAUUGCCAAGGACAUCAUGAUCAGCAUCCUGGGCCUGUUAGGCUGUGUAUUUGGGACAUACCAAGCCCUCUAUGAGAUGACCCUGCAGGCCCACUUUUCCAUGGCCAACUCUACAAGGCUCCACACAUAAUUGCCUAUUUUUAUUUGAAUAGCUCUUUCUUCCUCUCAUCCUCU